AUGAUUGGCGCUCAUUGCAGUCCUGACCCACCAUGGACAGACACUGCUUACACAACGAUUGGUGCGAAUUGCAAUCCUGACCCAGCAGGGACAGACACCACUUACACAACGAUUGGUACUCAUUGCAAUCCUGACCCACCAAGGACAGACACCACUUACAGAAUGAUUUGCGCUCAUUGCAAUUAUGACCCACCAGAGACAAGCACUGCUUACAGAAUGAUUUGCGCUCAUUGCAAUCUUGACCCACGAGAGACAGGCACCGCUUACAGAAUGAUUGGCGCUCAUUGCAAUCCUGACCCACCAGGGACAGACAUCGCUUACAGAAUGAUUGGUACUCAUUGCAAUCCUGACCCACCAGGGACAGACACCACUUACAGAACGAUUUGCGCUCAUUGCAAUUCUGACCCACCGGAGACAAGCACUGCUUACAGAAUGAUUUGCGCUCAUUGCAAUCCUGACCCACGAGAGACAGGCACCGCUUACAGAAUGAUUGGCGCUCAUUGCAAUCCUGACCCACCAGGGACAGACAUCGCUUACAGAAUGAUUGGUGUUCAUUGCAAUCCUGAACCUAUAGGCACCGCUUUUACAACGAUUGGUGCUCAUUUCCUAACCCAUUACUUUUGGGAGACUGUGCUACCAUGA